GCGAUUCAAAUCAUAAUGGCAUUUUCGGUAAGAAAUGGAGUGGUUUGAGGCACACAAAUCCGGUAACCAAGCUUUUACAGGUUCUCUCGGACUGUUCGCACAGCUAUAUUAAGAUUUGGAUAGGGCCCUUGAAUGACCUGGUCGACUUUUUUGCUUCAAGUCUUUUGUUUUGGAUAGCUGGGCAAUCCAUUUAA